GACGCUCGUCGCACAUAAACAGAAACUAUCGCGAAUUCUAAUGCUGAAUUCUUCGACUUUCAGUAAUUUCGACGUUAUAACACAGUUUGAGUGAUCAUAAAUCCUAAAAAUUUCUCAAAUUUUGAAGGCUUUUUAGAUGUCACGGUGUCCUGUGAGCAAAAUUUGAAAACUUUCUGUUGAAAUUUGAGGUUAAUUCUUGUUCGUAACAGUAAAAUGAAAGUUUAAUUUUUUUGUGGGUGUUCCGAAGAUUCAAAAUGGGGUGCUGGAACAAAUUCAGGUUGUUGAUGUGGAAAAACUGGAAGCUGCAAUCUCGUAGACCUAUCGCAUUUAUCGUAGAAAUAGCAAUACCGCUCUUGAUUAUUGCGAUCUUCGUUUUUGUAAGACACGAGAUCCGAAAAACUGAUAAACCUGAGGAAAUUUAUGAACCAAAACCAAUAUUUGCAGAUCCGCAAGAGACUAAUGUUAAGGCCUACUGUCCAAAUGACAACAAACUGAUCAAUGAUAUAAUGGCAUCUUUUCCAAAUGCCAGACCCUUCGAAAAUGCUUCAGCAAUGGAGCAGUAUCUAACAAGGGAUAAUUCCUCCUUCAGUUCGGAUCUAGGGAUACAGUUCAAUCGACAUAUGUCACAAGAAUUAUCGAACAACAAGAAUAUUUCAAUAACUUUCAGGUUUGACAAUACGAACUCGAGGUGGCACACAGAGCAGCUUUUUCCACCAUUCGAAAUUGGUUACAACAAUAGAAAUGACAGAGAUGCUGAUUAUCCUUCUGUAUUUGCACCAUUGAUGUACACUCUAACUGAAAAACUUCUAAGAUAUUCAGGGAAGCCAUUCAAAUUGCCGAAAAUGUUGAUUCAGAGAUUCCCUCAUCCUAGUUACAUACAAGAUUUUUUCCUGAUAUCAAUGAAUCAAGCUUCUCUAUUUGGAUAUUUAUUCAUGACAGCUUUCAUAUAUACUCACAUCAAUAUAGUUAAAUCCAUAACUUACGAGAAGGAAAAACAACUCAAGGAAUCCAUGAAAAUAAUGGGCCUACCCACAUGGCUCCACUGGACUGCGUGGUUCUGCAAGUUCAUUAUACCUUACUUAGUGAUAACAAUUUUUUUGGUGGUCAUGAUGAAAUACGAAACAAAAAAUGGUCCAACGUUACUCUAUGCAGAUUGCUGUUUACUUUUCACAUUUUUCCUUCUCUUCUUGUCAGCCAUGAUAACUUACUCAUUCGCAUUGAGUGUAUUCUUCACCAAGGCAAACAGAGCUUCGGCAAUGGCUGGCGUAAUUUGGGUGAUUUCUUUAGUGCCUUAUGUAAUGACACGUAAUAGGAAUUUAAGUAAAGGGCCUAAGUAUCUUGCGUCGUUAAGUGUGGUAAGUGCUAUGGCCCAUGGAUUCGAUGUAAUUAUUUUACAAGAGGGAUCUAUGGAAGGUAUACAUUGGAACAAUCUUUUCAAAUCUGAUCUAGAGAAUGAUAUCACUUUUGGGGGAAUUCUUCUUAUGAUAAUAGCGGAUCUUAUUUUAUACAUGUUAAUUGCCCUAUAUGUUGAGGCUAUCUAUCCUGGAGAGUUUGGAGUGCCACAGAAAUGGUAUUUUAUAUUGACACCUGGGUUUUGGCGCAGGAGAAACGUAGAACAAGAUGACUGUCUUCUGGAUCCGAAUAAUGGCGAAUUCUUCGACGAUGACCCCACAGACCUGAGGGCAGGUAUAAGCAUAAGGGGACUAGCAAAGAACUUCGGUAGCAAUGAAGCAGUCCGAGACAUAUCCUUGAAUAUGUACGAAGAUCAAAUAACGGUUCUACUCGGUCACAAUGGAGCCGGUAAGACUACCACCAUGUCCAUGCUGACCGGUAUGUUUCCACCGACCAAAGGAACCGCUAUAGUGAAUGGUUUCGAUAUCAGGACCCAGAUAAUGUCUGUGAGGGACAGCAUGGGGGUGUGUCCCCAGCAUAACGUUCUUUUCGACGAGCUGACUGUGAGGGAACACCUUAUAUUUUUCAGUAGACUUAAAGGUUGUACUGGAUCGAAAGUAGACGAAGAAGUUGAGAAGUUCCUGAAACUACUCUCUUUAGAAGACAAGGCUGAUUCAAAAUCAACUCAAUUAUCCGGUGGAAUGAAGAGAAAGUUGAGCGUUGGCAUUGCGCUUUGUGGAAACUCAAAAAUUAUAAUGCUUGAUGAACCCACAGCCGGUAUGGAUCCAACAGCCAGAAGAUUCAUUUGGGAAUUCCUACAAAAGCAAAAGAAAGGAAGGACAAUUUUGCUAACGACACAUUUCAUGGACGAAGCAGACUUACUUGGAGACAGAAUCGCCAUAAUGUCUGGAGGUGUAUUGCAGUGUUGUGGUACCAGUUUCUUUUUGAAGAAAAAGUUCGGCGCAGGGUAUCACUUGGUGAUCGAUCAAACAUCUACCUGUAACCCUAACAAUAUAACGAAUGUUAUAAGGAAGUACAUUCCUAAUAUCGAGAUCGAAUCCAAUGCUGGUACAGAGUUGACCUAUCUUCUGCCUGAAAACUACUCUCCCAAAUUUACUCAUUUGUUAGCUGAACUGGAAAAUAACUCUGAAGAACUAGGUAUUAGGAGUUUUGGUAUUUCUUUAACGGACCUGGAAGAAGUAUUCAUGAAAGUUGGUAAGAGUAAAACCAGUAAAGAUCUGCCUAAGACGAGAGAUAAUCGUGGAGAUGGUAGUGAUGCCAACUCAACGAAUGUUCCCAUUGGUAUCAGCAACAAGGAGCGUGGUGUCACUUUAUAUGUUAACCAAUGUAUCGCCAUAGCUCUGAAGAAAUUGCUAUCAGUAAAACGCACAUGGGGAACGGAAUUAUUGAAAAUAGUCCUUUCUCUCGUUUACAUAAUUCUCGUAUUCAGCAUCGACUUGUCAGACAUCGCGAAUCAAACCUUCAAACAACGAAGUUUCGACUUGAAUCAGUACGAUAAGCCAAUAACUUUGGUCGAAACCAACGGAAAUCUGCAAGAACCUUACGUUAACAUGCUGCAUAAUAUGAAGCAGAAUGUGGAAUUCACAGAUAAUAUGACCGAGAGACUACUGGACUUGACAAAGAAGUCGCCGUAUCUUGUCAGAUAUAGAUAUAUUGUUGGUGCAUCCUUCAAGAACGACGAGGCACAUGCUUGGUUUAAUCCAGAACCAUACCACUCUGUCCCCCUCUCACUCCAGUUGCUGCUGCAACAGAAUUACAAGACGGCUUUAGGGGAAGAUUUCAAUAUCAAUUUUGUGAAUUUUCCAUUGCCCAUGAGUGCCAGCGAUAAGGUGGUGGUGGGCCUGGAGUAUGUGUUAGGAAGUUUCAAUCUGAUCAGUCUCUCCCUAGCUGUGGCGUACAUUGGAAGCUUUUACAUAUUGUUCAACAUCAAAGAAAAGAUGUCGCAGGCUAAACAUCUGCAGUUUGUAUCCGGCGUUAACAUCUUCGUUUUCCGCUUGGUGUCAUUUGUUUGUGAUAUGUUGACUUACCUUCUUUCAGCUGUUGCUAUUGUGAUCACGAUAGCCAUUUUAAAACCUGUAGGGUUGUCCACUGGUGAAGAACUUGGCAUUUUGUUCUUAUUACUCUUCAGUUUUGGUGUAGCCAUGAUACCUUGGAUGUAUCUUUUCUCUUUCUUAUUCACAAUACCAUCUACCGGAUACGCGAGAAUGUUUUUCUUGAGUUUCAUCACAGGAUUUCCCAGUGAAAUGAUUGUAUUGCUGUUGGUACAAAUGGAAUGGAAACAUGCUACUUUGGUAAAAUGGAUUAUGAGGUGUUUUCCUCAUUUCAAUUUCAUAGAGGGUGUUCAGGUCUUGAUUUAUAGACAUAUCUGUGAUUCGCAGAUGAAGUUGUGUUUGAAGGAGCUCCCCGCAGAACAUUGUGCUUCGAUGAUGAAUGCUACAGGUUGCAGUACUGACAACAUCCUCAGUUUCGACGGUACUGGUAUUGGACCAAACAUAAUGAUGCUCUACUUGAUAGCUCUGGUGACGUUCCUCAUUAUAUUUCUGAUAGACCAGAAGAUUAUAACUUACCUAAUCUACAUCGUUCUCGACAGUUUCAAGCGUCCGCCAAAUUCCUCGCUCUACGUCGAUCCGGACGUCAUGCAAGAAAACGAAUUCGUUAAAAGUCAACCCCUCUACGAGUUGCAAUCGCGGUUCGCCCUGGUACUCCGCGAUCUGACCAAGCAUUACUGCAGGUUGACGGCCGUGAACGGGCUCAACUUGACCGUCAAAAAAUCCGAAUGCUUCGGGCUGCUCGGCGUGAACGGCGCCGGCAAGACCACCACGUUCCGCAUGAUGACCGGAGACGAGAUGAUCAGCUACGGGGACGGCUGGAUAAACGGCUUCAGCAUCAGGAACGACAUGAAGAAGGUGCACAGGUUCAUCGGUUAUUGCCCGCAGUUCGAUGCGCUUUUGGACAAUCUGACUGCCAGGGAGACCUUGAAGAUUUUCAGUCUGAUCAGGGGAGUGCCGAGGGACGAAUGCGAUUUUACGGCUGUCACGUUGGCGAAGGACUUCGAUUUUACCGAGCAUCUGGAUAAGGAAGUUGCGCAGCUGAGCGGGGGGAACAAGAGGAAACUGAGCACCGCUAUCGCUCUUAUCGGAGAUGCGCCAAUCAUAUUUUUGGACGAACCGACUACAGGUAUGGACCCCGCAACCAAGCGCCACCUGUGGAAUAAUUUAUCGAAGAUACGGGAGAGUGGCAAGUCCAUCAUCCUAACCUCGCACAGCAUGGAAGAAUGCGAGGCGCUGUGUACCCGAUUGACGAUCAUGGUCAACGGCAACUUCCAGUGUCUAGGGUCGGUCCAGCAUCUGAAGAGCAAGUUCGCCGAGGGUUAUUGCGUGACGCUCAAGAUAAGGAAACCCGCAAACAGCAGUGGUUUGGAGCAUUCCGACACGACGGCUAUCGAGAACUACAUGGUCCAGAAUUUCCCGGCUGCGGAACUUAGGGAGAAGCACCAGGAGCUUUUGACGUAUUACAUCAAAGAUAGGAAUAUAACUUGGUCGAAACUGUUUGGCAUAUUGGAGCAGUCUAAAGGCCAUUUGGACAUCGAGGAUUAUUCUGUUGGUCAAGCUAGUUUAGAACAGGUAAAGGCAGUUUUCAGUUUUCCUCUCAUUCACAAAGCAGCAGAAUAUGGACGGUGA